GGAUGGCUUGCGCAUGCAACCACCGACUGUUGUCGACGGCCCAUCACACCCAAGUCAUUAAUAGUUACAAUGCCUCACUCUGUGUCAUCGCAGGACUCAUCCAUCAACCACAAGGAUGAUGAGCUUCUACCGGACGCUCCUCCGGAGACAGCAUCGGAGAACCAGGAAGCCGGCGCACCUGCGCGAGUGAAGCUGGAAGACCUCUUUAACGAUGAUGAUGACGAUGAUGAAUUCCCCGCCUCAAGUGCACCAGAUACGAAGCAUGUUGACUCGUCUGCCCCUGAUCCAGCAGAACCGGCUGCCGCUCCGGGCCCCCAGGUUGACACCGACACCAUGCUGGCUUUCUAUCAACGCCUCUUCCCAUUUCGCUAUUUGUUUCAAUGGUUGAAUCACGGGAUUGUUCCUUCCCCGGAUUUUGGGAAUCGUGAAUUCGCUCUUACUCUUCAAAACGAUGCCUACCUACGAUAUCAGUCGUACCCGACUGCGGACCUUUUUCGGAAAGAUAUCCUGAAGAUGAACCCCUCUCGAUUCGAAAUCGGACCUGUCUACAACACGAACCCCCGAGAUCGGAAGACGCUCCGAGGUGGCCAGAUGAAGCCGAUCUCCAAAGAGCUGGUGUUCGAUAUCGAUUUAACAGAUUACGAUGACAUCCGAUCCUGUUGUACAAAAGCAAAUAUUUGUGGCAAAUGCUGGACCUUUGUCACCAUGGCCAUGAAGGUUGUCGACACGGCUCUUCGCGAAGAUUUCGGUUUCGAGCAUAUCUUGUGGGUCUACUCUGGUCGUCGUGGUGCUCACGCCUGGGUUUGCGACCCACGUGCACGCAGCCUGCCAGAUGAUCGACGAAGGGCCAUUGCGGGCUACCUGGACGUUGUGCGAGGAGGCAAUUCAAGCGGUAAACGAGUCAACGUCAAACGACCGCUGCACCCCCACAUGUCUCGCAGUCUCGACCUUCUCAAACCGUACUUUGCUCAAACGACCUUGGUGGACCAGGACACAUUCGCGAGUUCGGAACAAGCGCAACGUCUGCUCUCAUUGCUCCCCGACAAAGGCCUGAAUGAAUCGCUGCGAAAGAGGUGGGAAUCAUCGCCAGACCGCGCCAGUGCCAAUAAAUGGGCCGAUAUCGACGCCCUCGCCAAGACGGGCAAGAGCAGCACUCUCAACCCCACUACUCUGCGAGACGCCAAGCAGGAUAUUGUGCUCGAGUACACCUACCCCCGUCUGGAUUCGGAGGUCAGCAAGAAGAUGAUUCACUUGCUGAAGAGCCCGUUCGUCAUCCAUCCUGGCACUGGCCGCGUGUGUGUUCCGAUAGAUGCCCGUAAGGCAGAGCAAUUCGACCCUCUCUCCGUACCCACAGUCACGGAGCUGCUUGCUGAGAUUGAUGCCUGGGACGCCGAGCAUCCUAGCACCACUGCACCAGAGACUGCAGAUGGCGAAGGCAGUGUGCCGGACUCUGAUGCCAGGGGAGGUCGCAGACUGCAGGACUAUGAGAAGACGAGCCUGAAGCCUUACAUCGAUUAUUUCCGCUCCUUCAUUGCCGGGCUCUUGAAGGAAGAGCGUACCGGCAAGCGUGGGCGAACUGAUGACGCAACAGAGACCAAGUCUGAGAGCAUGGAAUUCUAGACAUCUCGCCUCAUUGGCUUUCUUUUACUUCUCUUACAGAUGGUUAUGAGCAACUCGGUAUGGCUUCUGGGAACGGAGUUGGAAUCAGUGUGCAUGAAGCGGACUUGGACAUGCGGGAGUUACUUUAUUUAUGCUUUCAAUUUCUAUUUAGGGUUCUCUAUAAAUAAUAGACACUUGGGCCGUUCAGCCGAAUAACCGAAUCAAAG